UUGUAGCUACAGUCGAAGGACUCUGUAGUCUGUACUCACUACUUCCUUUUUGAUAUCGUCUGGUGUGCUCCUGCUGAGCCAUGGCGAUGCCCAACGCAAGCCGUGCCGCUGAUCAUCCUGCUCCGGCGCAUCAGCAUCCGCACGACUGCGAGGCUGUUGACGAGUUUCUCCGCGGAAUGCGGGAGCUGCAGGCGACGGGCACGUUGUGCGAUGUCGUCCUCCAAGGCAGCGACGCGGAUGAUGUGGAAGGAUCCGCGCUGGCCAACGGUAUCCCGUGUCACCGCGCCGUCCUCACCGUGCACAGCGCCUACUUUCGGGCCGUCUUCACGCACAACUGGAAGGAUUCCCGGGAUCCCGUCUUCCCGCUGCACAAUGUCGACACUGCUACGAUCAACGCGUUGGUGCGUUAUGCGUACACGCUGACGAUCCGUCUGAACGCGGACAACGUGGCGUCCAUCCUGGUGGCGGCGCAGUUCCUGCAGAUGGACCGCGUGGCCGGCCAGUGCUGGGCCUACCUGCAGCGGCACCUCAACGUGGCCAACUGUUUGGUCGUCCAUUCCUUGGCGUCCAACCACCACCGCCCCGAUCUGGCCGCCGCCGCCCUGGCCCUCAUCCAUCAGCACUUUCUGCAGUUGGCGGAGACUCCCGAAUUCCUUAAGAUGAAUGCGCAACAGUUGGUGGACGUGUUGGCAUCGGAUGCCGUCGCGGUGGUCAGUGAGGAUCAGGUGUGGCAGGCGCUGCAGCGCUGGCUGGCCCACGACCAUGCCGCACGCCGGGCGCAGCUGCACACCGUCCUGCCGCUGGUCUGCGUGCCCUUCCUCAGCGAGCCGGCCGCGCGGGAGUACGGGCUGGCGCUGGCCAGUGCGCCGGCCACGUCGACGGGAAGCGGCGGGCAGAAUGUCGUGGCGGGCGGGUCGGCGCCCCACCCCGCACCCCGCCAUUCCUACGGCGAAGAAGACAAGAUUCCUGGACGACACGGGAAAAAACACUGGCAGGCACCGUGCUGCGGCAGGGUAACGGACAAUUCCGCUAAUUUGUGGCGCCACAUUUAUGGUCAAGAGGCUACACCCAGUCAAAAGGCCAGCCUGCCAUGUAGGAAAUGGAGGACGGGAAAAGGGGAAAAACGGUAUAAGCAGCAGAAGCCGCCAGCAGAGCUCCCGCUGGAAUUCUACCUCAACCCAAAAAUUCCGCAACCGAAUCCGGAGGAAAAGACCCACCGCAUAAACGUGAAGAGGAUUCCAUAUCCGGACUGGCGUGUCAUGCGCAUCCGAGAAAAAGACAAGCCAGCUAAAUACACGCCGGGGGCCGCCGGCCGCCGGCGUCACCCGGCCCCGCCUCCGAAGCGCGUCAAGAAGAAGUAA